AUGAGGAUGCUUCAAAAGCGGAUUCAGUGUGUCGACAGUUCGUCUCUGUCCAUAAAAAAUGUGCGUACUUAUCGACUUUGUUUAUGUGAUACCGUUUUUUCAAGGUUCUUGUUUGCUGGAUCUGCUAUGGAGUAUAAUUGUUUUUUUUCUCAAGAUAAUCCAUUCGUCACUUUUGUCUUCAUGCAAACUCUUGUUCUUGUUGUGUACCACAUCGAGCUAAGUUUUCGACUUGAUCUCUUCUCUCCAUUCGAAUUUCCCUACAUCUACUGGUUUUACGGUGAAGUAGUGUGCAGGUGGUACAUGACAUCUUUGGAGAAAUCUCGUGAAGUGAUGAAGGAUACUCUAAAGAAAGGUAUGCUGUCAUAA